AUGUCAUUAUUAUACAUUAGUCAACAAGUGACAAUUUAUCUUGGAUUCUUUCUUCUUGUCGUCGGUGUGAUUGGAAAUGGAAUAAAUAUUUUAGUAUUUUCAAGUGUUCGUACUUAUCGUAAAUCACCUUGUACAUUUUAUUUUCUUAUUGCUUCAAUUAUCAAUGUGAUUUAUAUAAUAAUUAAUCUUAUUUCUCGUAUUGUUAGUGCAGGUUAUGGAAUUGAUUUGACUCGUACAUCAUCAACUUGGUGUCGAACUCGACAAUAUCUCAUUGGUGUGUUCAGUUUAAUUUCAAUUACUUGUUCAUGUUUAGCUACAAUUGAUCAAUUUUUACUUACAUCUAGAAAUGCUUAUUUGCGUUCUCUAAGUAAUAUCAUAUUAGCACAUCGCAUUGUAUUGAUUGUUGUCAUUGUCGGUUGCAUUCAUACAAUACCUUGCUUGAUAUUCUUUGAUAUUUCACCAGUUACAAAGACGUGUGUAAAUAUUAAUGCUGUUUAUAAUUAUUAUGUAAUAGUAUAUGUUCUAACUGUUACUUGUAUGAUUCCAGUUAUUAUAAUGAUUAUAUUUGGAUAUUUGACUUAUCGUAAUAUUCAUUUAACAAAAGUUCUUGCUCAACAACAAGCUGAUCGUCAAUUGAUACGAAUGACUUUGAUUGAAGUUGUACUUGUUGUAUUUACUAUUACUCCAUAUGGUAUAAAUAAUGCUUACAGUUUAGCAUCAGUUGGAGUAGCUAAAAAUGCUGAUCGAUUGAUGAGUGAAUAUUUUGCUUCGACAAUGAUCAGUCUAUUGACUUAUUUUUACUAUGCGGGAAGUUGUUACAUGUUUUUUAUUUCGUCAAGUCGUUUUCGUCGAACAGUGAGAGAGAAAGUUUUCUUUUGGCAACGAUCAAACCAAGUACAACCACUGCAACAGGUCACACUCACAGUUGGAAUAACGACAUUUCCAAAUAAAAUAAACAAUUAA